AUUCCGUCUCCCCUGCUCUCGCCGCCGCUGCAUCCCCCAAACCCUUCGCUUCCCGCCAUUAGAGGGGUGCCAAUUUUUUCACUUUGAGCAAGGGAAGUCAAGAAACAAGAGUAGAAGGUGAUUUAAGGCAUUUUAAGAAGAGCAGAUGGUUUUUCUUCGCCAGGCUUCCUUCAUGUGUUCUCUGCGAAGAAAAUCAAAAGACAUCACUGUGGUGGCAAGAGACACCAUAAGUCAAACUGGGAAGUCAUUGUAGCAUGUUGGCUAUCUGUUAAGAUUCCUUCAAAUACAAACUUGGUGUCUUCUCUUUUUGGACUACUUUUCAGUUUUUGGCCCCGGCUUAUCUAAUUAUUGUGCGAAAGGAGAAGGAACUUAUUUUACUGAACUUAACAUAGUAUUAUUUAGUUCCUGAUUCCUAUGCACGUUUAGUUUCAAAUGUAUCCGUUUUAAAUAGUGGUAAAUUUUUGGCAACAAUGUUGUUGUUCAAAUUUAGUAUCACACAGGUUCAUGCUCAUAUUUCUUGAGAUGGCUUCCAGCACCUAGUCAUCCAAAUCUUGGUUAAAGUUACCAAUAGACUACCCUUUGAACUUACCUGCAUUGGCCUAUUUUGAACUGUAUGAGCUAUGAAGUCAUGGUGUUAUUUGCUAGGUGGAGCGAAAGAAUCUGCAGCGGCCUUCUAUUAAUGAUGACACCUGGUGAAGUUUCUCCAUUGAAAAAAGUUUUAGAAUCUAUGUGGCCAUGGGUCGCCAUCUCAAAUUGUAUAGAUAUCUGCAUUAGUCUAGCAAGCAAAUCUGCCACACCACAACAUUGAUUUCGUUAGACAAAUGCAUAGGAGAUCAUAUUAGAACGUGCCAUUCUCUUGUUACUUUUUGUAAUUCAAUAAGGUUCCCUUCUACCUCUGCUAUAUAUAGGGCACUGCCAUGGUUCUGCAUUUCUCAUCCCCUGUUUUUUUCAUCUUAUCUCUGUUCCAUUUUACUUUGAGAACACAUGGAGGGCUCUAACAUGCAACGCCAGGUUGUGUACCUGAAGAAGUGCCUUUUUGAUCAGGGUUACCUAGAUGAACAAUUCCAUCAGUUGGAAGAGUUGCAGGAUGAUGUUAGCCCUAAUUUUGUGGAAGAAGUGGUGACUUUAUUCUUUAGAGAUUCGUCCAGAUUGAUUGGCAUCAUUGAACAAGCUUUUAAAAUUUUGUUGUGCAGGCAGAAACAUCCUCAAGAUUUCCACAGGUUGAGAACUCAUGUUGAACGCCUCAAGGGCAGUAGUUGCAGCAUUGGCGCUUUGAAAGUGAAAAGUGAGUGCACUCUGUUUGGAGGAUACUGUGAUGAAGGAAAUAUGGAUCGUUGCCUGAGAUCAUUCCAAAAUGUGAAGAGGGAACAUGCUAUAUUACGACAAAAGCUGGAGGCUUAUUUCCAGUUACUGAGACAAGUUGGUCCAUCGGAAAAAGCCAGUGGCUCGGGCAAUUGAGAUAACAGUUCGUGGGAGCCCAUAAUCAACUACUAUCCAACUACUACUGCAUGAUGUACUGAAGUAUCUGCUG